UUCUCCAGUUCUGUUUUUCGCGUCCAAGCAACAUCCUCCAGGUCGCGAGUCCGUCUACAAUCUAAAGCGUGACCCAGGCCCCUGACGUCAGUUGUUUUUGACCUGCGCAUCCUCCCGAGCACAAACGUUUCCGAAUGCAUUAACAAAGCUGAACAUCAUCCACUACAUCCCCGGCGCAGAACAUCUGCUUUUGGAGCGUCAUGUCUCUCACGGAAUCCGCCGCGGCAGCCAUGCUGACCGCCGCGGUCGUGGUAGACAGUCCCAUUGACGUGCAUGAGCCUCGUUGGGAUGACCAGACGAGGGGCCGCGAUUUGUACACACAACUAGUGAUCAGUUUACUCGUCGGGCUCAGCGCCUUUUUUUCCUUCUGUGUUCUACGACCGAAAUGGACCGAACUAUACGCCGCUCGGCGACGACAACGCUGCGCAGCUUCAUACUUGCCCGAACUACCUGAUAGUUUCUUUGGCUGGAUACCUGUACUAUAUCGGAUCACUGAUGAGCAGGUGCUGGAGUCUGCAGGCUUGGAUGCUUUCGUUUUCCUCACUUUCCUGAAAUUCGCCAUUCGAUUCCUCUCCGCUAUCUUCUUCUUCGCCUUGGUUAUCAUUCUACCGACACACUACAAGAAUACCGGUAAAUCGGGGGUUCCUGGUUGGGAUGACGAUGAUGACGAGACAUUCGAUGGAGACAAAGACAAGAAGAAGAUCAUAUCGGAUCCGAACUACUUGUGGAUGUAUGUCAUUUUUACAUACAUUUUCACUGGGCUUGCUGUCUACAUGCUCAUCCAAGAGACCAAUAAGGUCAUCCGCACGAGGCAAAAAUACCUUGGAAGCCAGACCAGUACGACCGAUCGGACUAUUCGCUUGUCUGGGAUCCCUCCGGAUUUGGGGACCGAGGAGAAGAUCAAGGAUUUCAUGGAAGGCCUUAAAGUGGGUAAGGUCGAGAGUGUCACACUGUGUCGGGACUGGCGCGAAUUAGACCACCUGAUCGACGAGCGACUGAAACUUCUGCGAAAUCUCGAGCGGGCUUGGACUAGGCACCUGGGCUACAAACGGGUUAAGGCAAGUCCGAACGCACUGACCAUGAUGCACCAGCAGCCGCGUGGCUCUAGUAUUGUCUCAGAUGGAGAGAGUGAACGAAUCCAGCUUCUCUCUGAAGGAGGACGCGAUCAUGUUACGGACUAUGCACACAAGCGGCCAACAGUGCGCAUUUGGUAUGGGCCUUUCAAGCUACGCUAUAAGAACAUCGAUGCGAUCGAUUACUAUGAAGAAAAGCUACGUCGUCUCGACGAGAAGAUCCAGGUUGCUCGCCAAAAGGAAUAUCCGCCUACUGAGGUCGCCUUCGUCACGAUGGAGUCGAUUGCCGCGUCUCAGAUGGUUGUACAAGCCAUACUUGAUCCUCACCCCAUGCAACUGCUCGCUAGACUGGCACCAGCACCAGCUGAUGUCGUGUGGAAAAACACCUACCUUCCGCGCUCGAGGCGGAUGAUGCAAUCCUGGUUCAUCACUGUGGUCAUUGGCUUCCUGACUGUAUUCUGGUCGGUGCUUUUGAUUCCCGUUGCCUAUCUGCUUGAGUACGAGACUCUCCACAAGGUGUUCCCUCAAUUGGCCGACGCUCUUGCUCGGAACCCACUUGCCAAGUCCCUUGUGCAGACUGGUCUGCCGACCUUGGUCCUCUCGCUGUUGACUGUCGCUGUGCCUUACUUGUAUAACUGGCUCUCGAACCAGCAAGGCAUGAUGUCGCGAGGUGACAUUGAGCUGUCAGUCAUAUCGAAGACCUUUUUCUUCUCUUUCUUUAACCUCUUUCUUGUCUUCACGGUGUUCGGAACUGCGACGACAUUCUACGGGUUCUGGGAGAAUCUGCGAGACGCCUUCAAAGAUGCUACGACCAUAGCCUUUGCCUUGGCCAAGACUCUGGAAAACUUUGCUCCAUUCUACAUUAACUUCCUAUGUCUUCAAGGAAUAGGAUUGUUCCCGUUCCGACUCCUAGAGUUCGGAAGUGUUGCCAUGUAUCCCAUCAACUUUCUGGCCGCUAAGACCCCUCGGGAUUAUGCUGAGUUAUCCACACCCCCUACAUUCAGUUACGGGUAUUCCAUUCCGCAGACGGUUCUGAGCCUUAUCAUCUGUGUUGUAUACAGCGUGUUCCCUAGCUCAUGGUUGAUAUGCCUAUUCGGGUUGAUUUAUUUCACCAUCGGCAAGUUUAUCUACAAGUACCAGCUUCUGUACGCGAUGGAUCAUCAGCAGCAUUCGACGGGACGCGCAUGGCCGAUGAUCUGCAGUCGAAUUCUGAUGGGCUUGAUUGUUUUCCAGCUCGCGAUGAUCGGCGUGCUUGCCUUACGCCGGGCUAUUACGCGCUCUUUGCUUAUUGUGCCCCUCCUUAUGGCAACCGUAUGGUUCAGCUACUUCUUUGCACGGACCUACGAGCCUCUUAUGAAGUUCAUCGCUCUAAAGAGCAUUGACCGCGAGCGGCCUGGUGGGGGGGACAUCUCCCCGUCCCCGUCCUCGACCUUCUCUCCUCCAUCCGGCAUCGACCGCGAUUCUUUUCCGAUCCGCAUCGGUGGACAAGAACUUGGAUUGCGGCUGAGGAAGUAUGUCAACCCAAGCCUGAUCCUGCCUCUCCACGAUGCAUGGCUUCCGGGACGUACGAUGGUUCCGGAACUGCAGGGAGAACUGGAGCAUCGCAAUUCCGAAAACGACGCGGCCGAUGAGUCCGUCUGAGACUGCUUCAUAAGCGCCGAAGUGGACUGAUUCCACAAUAUCUCAGUCAAUCGAUCACUAACACUGCCUAUAUAUAUGUAUUACUUCCUAAUCACCCCCUUGUUGUAUGAGUUGCUUUCUCCCGCCAUGAUCUACGAUGCUAUGCCUUUGAUGUCAUAGAUGGCCAUAUACGCCUGAUAGUCUCACACUCUCGGGGUGAGACGGUCAAUUUUACGCGAUCAGAUUUAGAUGUCACUCAUCUUUGUUCAUAAUGGUUUCCUUAUCUCUCGUUUAGUGAUACCAGAAGCCUUCCUAUAGGAGGUUUCAUUCGACGCAUUGAUGCCAAAAUAGCUUGCAUGUACUAUCAACUUAUGUACUCUAGGGAGGAUUCCCGAUGCUCUUGUCGAUAUUUGCUAUUAAUAAACCUCGUAUCCCGG